AUGGCUCUGCCACUGGCAGGCGCCCAGCAGCAGAAGACGCAGGCAGACUACUAUGUCAAGUCGCUACCAGGGCAACCGGAUGGGCCGUUACUUAAAAUGCACGCUGGUCACAUCGAGGUCAGCCAGGAGCACAACGGGCACCUCUUCUUCUGGCUCUUUCACAACCGACAUAUCGGCGAUCGGCAGCGGACGGUCAUCUGGCUGAAUGGCGGACCGGGGUGUAGUUCAAUGGAUGGAGCGUUGAUGGAAGUAGGCCCGUACCGGGUUAAGGGGGACAAACUGGAGUACAACGAGGGGUCAUGGGACGAAUUUACGAAUCUCCUCUUCGUUGACAACCCAGUUGGCACCGGCUUCAGUUACGUCAACACCGACAGCUAUCUCCACGAACUCCCUGAAAUGGCGGACCAAUUCAUGGUCUUUAUGGAAAAAUGGUUUGACCUGUUCCCAGAGUAUGCCAACGACGACCUCUACUUUGCUGGUGAAUCCUACGCAGGGCAGCAUAUUCCUUACAUUGCGAAAGCGAUCAUGGACCACAACCAAAAAGGGGGACAACAGUGGAAUUUGAAAGGGCUGUUGAUCGGUAACGGCUGGAUCGCGCCUGCGGAGCAAUACCUCGCAUAUCUACCGUUCGCCUACAACAAGUCGCUCAUUCAAGGCGGCACCCCCGAAGCGAACCGCGUUGAGUCCCAGCAGACUAAAUGUAUGGCCGAGCUUGCCAAGCCAUCGGCGAUGGAGAAAGUCGACAUCUACGCGUGUGAGCAAGUGUUGCAGGAUAUAUUGAAGGAAACGCAGAAAAACGGACAAUGUACGAAUAUGUACGAUGUUCGGCUGACCGACUCGUAUCCUUCGUGCGGGAUGAACUGGCCCCCGGACCUCACGGAUGUGACACCUUACCUGCGCCGCAACGAUGUGGUGAAUGCGCUGCACGUGAACUCGGACAAGCGUACUGGCUGGACGGAAUGCACCGGUGCGGUCUCUCAGGCGUUCCGCGCUGCUCACUCAGUUCCUGCGGUGAGGCUUCUACCUGACAUUCUGGAAGGUGGCAUCCCUAUCCUGCUCUUCAGCGGUGCGGAGGACUUUAUCUGUAACCAUUUGGGCACGGAAAGUUUCCUGUCCAACCUGGAAUGGUCUGGAGGCACCGGCAUGGAGCUCUCACCUGGCGUACUCGCGCCCAAGAAGAAUUGGGAGUUUGAAGGCAAAGACGCCGGCAUCUACCAGGAAGCUCGAAAUCUGACCUACGUCCUGUUCUACGAAUCGAGUCACAUGGUCCCCUUCGAUCUCCCGCGGCGAUCGCGCGACAUGCUGGACCGCUUCGUGGGCGUGGAUAUUGCUAGCAUUGGCGGUAAGCCUGCGGAUAGCCGGAUCGAUGGCGAGAAGGCCGGCUUCGAGACGAGCGUCGGAGGCCAUCCCAACAGCACUGUGGCUCAGGAAACCCAGAAAGAAGAAAUUGAGGAAGCAACCUACAACGCGUACUACCGCAGCGGCGAAGCUGCGCUCGUGGUGGUGCUGAUCGGUGCAGCAUUCUUCGGCUGGUGGGUAUGGCGCGGCAGAAGGAGGGCGAGGGCGCAGGGUUACAUGUCUGUCCCACUAGGCAACGGGUCCCUCAAUGGCAAGAGACAUCCUGGUGAUGUGGAGGCGGGCGAUUUUGACGAGAGUGAACUUGACGAUCUACAGCCUGGUGGGAGGGGUGUUGAUCGGAGAGACAUGCAUGCUGAAAGGUAUGACAUUGGGAGCGAUUCUGACGAGGAUGAGGCUCAGGUGGCAAAAGAUGCUGGAAAGGGAGGUAGGUAG